AUGAAAUUUAACGAUCUGUUUCAAUAUAUCGGCGACUUUGGGACCUAUCAGAAACGGAUCUACUUCGUGGCUGCGUCCAUCGCCAUCGCCAAUGCAUUCCAACAGAUGGUCGUGGUUUUCUCUCUCACAGAGCCAAAAGCACGAUGUGCGGUGCCUGGCGUGCCUAACGACACCUACGCGAGUCAAGGCGAGUUUCAGGAUGCGCUACUCAAUGUGAGUAUUCCCUGGGACACCGACAGCGAUGGUCUUCCAGUGCGCUCCAAGUGUCAGCGUUACGGCGUCAACAGCACCGACGUCGUGCAAUGCGAUGUCUGGGUGUACGACAAGACAGUGUUUGAAGAAACAGCAACCUCAGAGUUCGAUAUGAUCUGUAAUGACAAGACGAGACAGUCGCACGCCAAGAUGAUGAUGUUUGGCGGGAUGAUGAUUGGGGCCAUUGCUCUCGGCGCCGUUUCUGAUCUGUUUGGCAGAAAGAAAACGCUGUUUGGCGCGUUGAUCUUCCAUAUUAGCUUUGCAAUUGGAUCGUCGUUUGCUCGAAGUUUCGAGGUUUUCGCUGCUCUUCGGUUCCUGCUUGGCAUAGCGCACAGUGGAGUGUACCUCUCGACUUUCGUCAUCGGAAUGGAACUGGUUGGACCAUCCAGGCGUGCAUUGGCUGGUAUUGGCAUCAAGUUCUAUUACAUCUCGGGUAUGAUUAUUCUCGGAGGUCUGGCCUACGCCAUCAGAAACUGGCACUAUCUUCAUCUGGCGGUGUCGGUACCAAACAUCCUCUUCCUGUCAUUCUUCUGCUAA